AGGAACAUCAAAAAGCUGCAUUCGUACCGACUUCCUGCUUAAUCAGUCAUGCUUUCGCGAGAACAUAUGAAACUCGGCUUGCUCCUGGCCAUCACGCUGGCUUGCACAGGGUCACUCUUCACAUCUCAAAGCAUAGCAAUGGGCAACCCCUCCAUGCGCGUUCUCGCAACUGGAGUUGAAAAGUUCUGUAUAGAGUCUCAAGAAAAGGCCAUACAUUGCGAAAAAAGUAUGAAAAAAGAUCCUAUGGGCUCGUCGAUGACAACUGAAAAUUGCUCUAGUCACCAAAAGACUGCACAAAAGUGCGAGAAAGUGGUCCGGAAAGCCUUUCAUGAUAUAAACAUGGGUGGAUGUCCAAAACAAAUCAAGAUAUUGACUCUUUGUGAAGACGAAUGGUGCCACCAGCACGACACUACCUCUUGCCAGAAAGAAUGCGCAGUUGUUAGACAACAGUUAUCGAUUUGCGUAAAGCAACGCGUAAUGCACCAUUUCAAGCGGAAUGGAUUGAAAGAAAAUGGGAGCUCCGCAUGAUAUAGAUCAAGGUCACAAGGACGAAUUCUCUUCUACGGUGUAGAGUCUCWAAAUUGAGCAAGGGGGCACGAAGAAUUUAAACAAGCGUUUGAGGACGGCAAGAUGGUGACGAUACAGCACUGUCUUUUUCGUACGAGAGCAAAGCAAACAACCUAAGACGUCGACUGCAAAUCUUGGGGCUCGUUAAUUUUUUUGUUUGUUUAUCACUUUCUUCAACUAUCCCAAUAAUCAUCUUCGAAAAGUUUCAGGAUCUUUUUGCGCUGUAAAGCAUCAGAUCCUGACUGUUCGUCACUCCACGUGGCAAAGUCUGCUGCCUUCAAAACCGAUGAACAAAAAUGGCGAUGAAAUCAUCAGAGAGUGUUACAAAAAUACUAUCGCCACUGUAUCCACAAUGCAUGACCAUAGAAUACAGUAGCCACUCAACAAACUUACUAAUUGCUUCGCCAUCAGAAUGUCGCCGUCGUCUUCAGUGGGGGCAAUUUCUUGAAGCCAUUCAACAACGUCGAUUCGACUGAAGGCCACAGCAUGAGUCAAUGGCGUAUUUCCUCCAUAGUUCGGAACAAAGAAGUCCACACCGACGACUUCAAAAAGGUAUCUGCAGACCUCAAGAUUGCCUCCGCUAGCAGCCCAGUGCGCCACGGUGCAGCCAUUUCGGUUAGAAAGAUCCCAUUUAGCACGGUAUCUUACCAUAAGUUUUACUGUGUCCAAACUACCAGACCAAGCUGCCCACAUCAACGGUGAAUUUCCGUCCUUCGUUUGUUGAUUCACAAGUUCUUUGGCGCUUGUAACGAUUUCRUCCUUACCGAGAGAAUCUUUCUUGAGACGAUCACAUUCUGACAAGAUGUGUUGGCAUAAAUGAAAGUGCCCCCCGGUACCAAAUUCCCCGCUAGUUGCGCCGGCACAUGCCCAAUGAAGAGGUGUAGCACCAUCUCGUUCUGUCUUUUCUAAAAGUCUGUCUGGAAAGUAAGGUAAAAGCGUUUCGAAAGCUUCUGCGUUUCCCGAACCAGCUGCCCAAUGAAGUAACGUUGUCCCACGGAUGUCUUUUUCCAAAGGAUUGGCACCGUGUUUAAUCAAUAGUUCUAAAACCUCUUUAGACGUAAUGUUGACGUGUUCGAGCGGCCAGGGGUUACUUGCUUGGACCAAUUCACCUCUGCACGCUGCCAUUAGCCCUCUGCCAAAAAUAAAAUGAAAUGCUUCGA